UAGUGACGCGAACGACACCGGGUCGAGCGACCCGCGUCCGCCGCGCAGAGACAGCCACCGCGCACGGCCGCAUGAAACAGACGACGGCUGCAGCCUGCGGCCGCGGGCGACAGGGCCCGGCCGCGCCCGCCGUCGCCGCAUCGCCCACGGCGACAGCGCCCACGCCGAGGCAGCGAUCGACGGCGUCAGUCAGCUUGUCCCAGGUGUCCACGGCCUCCCUGAGCGGCCACCCCGGGCCGCCGCUGCCGCCGCUGGCCAUGUGCCGCCACCAGGGCACCUGGGCGGGCGCGCGCUCCGUGAGCGGCAGCAGCGUGGUGCGCGGCGUGGGCGACGGCAGCGCGCGGAGCAGCCUGGCGGGCAGCACCAGAGGCAGCACGGGCUCCACGCGGCGCCGGCACGCCGCCCGCAGGCCGCGGCGCCGGCCCCCGCAGCCCACCCGCGGCGUGGGCUACACGGGGAGGCACGCGCCACAGGACGUGGUGCUCGGCGCCAGCCUACUCUACUGCCAGUGCGCCCUGAUGUGCCUCUACAUGGGGAUGGUGCGCUACGACUAUGAGAGGGACGAAGUCCUCAAGACGGACCAGCAAUUGUUAAACAAGAUGUUCCAGGAUGUGCACGUCAUGAUCUUCGUGGGCUUCGGCUUCCUCAUGAUGUUCCUGCGCAAAUACGGCUACAGCUCGGUGGGCUUCACGCUCAUGCUCGGCGCCCUGAUGGUCCAGUGGGCGGCGCUCUGCCAGGGAUUCUUCAAGCUCCAGUCGGACGGCAAGAUAUACCUGUCCAUGAUCAGCCUGUUCAACGCGGACGUCGCGACGGCGGCUGUCCUCAUCUCGUUCGGCGCCGUCCUAGGCAAGACGACCCCGCUCCAGCUGGUGGCGAUGGGCACCGUGGAGAUGGUCUUCUUCGCGGCCAACGAGUACCUGUGCCACACGCUGAACAUCGUGGACCUGGGCGGUUCCAUCAUCGUGCACGUGUUUGGGGCCUACUUUGGCUUGGCAGUGAGCCGUGCCCUAGGUCGGCCCGCCGAGAACUCCAAGGAGAGCUCCACCUACACGUCGGACAUGUUCGCCAUGAUCGGCACGGUCUUCUUGUGGCUGUUCUGGCCGUCGUUCAACGGUGGCCUGGCCUCGGGGCACGCCCGUCACCGCGCUGUCAUCAACACUUACCUGGCGCUCGCCUCGGGCUGCGUCGUGGCCUACGCCGUGUCCUCGCUGUCGCAGCGCGCCGGCAAGUUCAACAUGGUCCACGUCCAGAACGCCACCCUGGCGGGGGGCGUCGCCAUGGGCACCGCCGCCGACCUCAUGGUGCAGCCCGUCGGCGCCCUCAUCAUCGGCGGCCUCGCCGGCGCGCUCUCCGUCCUGGGCUACGCGUUCCUGCAGCCCGUGAUCCUGAACCGCCUCAAGGUCCACGACACGUGCGGCGUGCACAACCUGCACGGCAUGCCCGGGGUCAUGGCCGCCAUCGUGAGCGCCGUCAUGGCAGGCAUCGCCUCCCAGAACGACUACGGCUGGCAAUUGUACGUGCAGUUCCCAGCGCUCAUACCCCGAGAUGAUCAGCCGGAGGAGCUGGACACCGUGCGUAGCUCUUUGAGUGCGGCGGUCGAGCCGGGCCUGGGCCGCACUCCUCUGCAGCAGGCUGGUUACCAGCUGGCGGCCCUUGCCAUGACCCUGGUCGUCAGCGUGAUAACGGGCACUAUCACAGGAUUUCUCAUCAGGCAAGACAAGUUGCUGCAUCAACUGGGUAAGGAAGGCCUGUUCGAGGAUGCCACGUUCUGGGAGGUCCCCGACGAGGAGAGCGGUGGUAGCGAGGUGUCCCCCUCCGCCGCAGCCAACUUGACCACUAUGACACUGGGGACCGUCAGAAAGCUAUCAGCGUCGUCUGUAGAAGCCGCGAACAACAUCCCCACCCUCAGCGCGGAGGCAGACCGGGAGCCACGAGACGAGACCCACAACAAAUGGUGAAGCAGAGAAAAGGGCGGAAUGUGACCUUCAAUUACAUUAAUGACUGGAAAUUACCAACUGUACAAAGUAGAUUAAUGAGAAUCAUAAAACUUGUUAUUUUACAAA